UACUCUGCGGGUUUGUGCUUUUGUAACUGUUGCUGUAGGCAUCUUUCUCUUUCUUCUUUACUUCUCAGUUGUCUCCAUGAAACUACCUAACUAAUCGCCUAGACCCACCCACUCACCCACUUGCACCCACUUUCUUAAUUACACACACCUAAGUACUUUCUACUAAUCUUCUUCUACUAUAUAUAUAUAUCUCUCUCUCAUUUCUUUCUUAUUACUCCUCUAUAUUAUUCUAAUUGUUAUAUGAUAUUAUUAUAUAUGAGUGAUGACUCGGUCUAUAAUUAAAAGAACUCUGGUCGGAGGAAAUGGAACCACAGCCACAUCACCGCCAACGGUGGUGGCAGCUCCGCCUCCUGAAGCUCUGACUGUGGAGUCUGACUUCGUGGUCAUACUAGCGGCGCUUCUCUGCGCCCUCAUAUGCGUGGUGGGUCUCAUAGCGGUGGUACGGUGCGCCUGGCUGAGACGCGGCGGCACUAGUGGGAGUGGAAAUGGGUCUCCACCGCGAAGUUUGGCGAACAAGGGAGUGAAAAAGAAGGUUUUGCAGUCACUGCCAAAGUACACAUACGGCCACGGGGGGUCCACAAAGAUGGGAGUAGUAGUGGAAGAUGGAGUUGAAGGUGGAGAUGGAGAUGGAGAUGGAGAUGGAGAUGGAGGAGGAAGUGGAAGUGGAGGUGAGUGUGCUAUAUGUUUGGGUGAUUUUGUAAAAGGGGAAGAGAUCAGAGUGUUGCCUCAGUGUGGACACGCCUUCCAUGUGGGUUGCAUAGAUACUUGGCUUGCUUCUCACUCUUCUUGCCCAUCUUGCCGCCAGAUCUUGGUCCUCGUUAAUGCUAAUGCAGCUAGGUGUCACAAGUGCGGUCAGUUCCCAGCUAAUGCUAUUAAUACUAUUCAUGACCCUCCUCAGCCUCAGCCUCAAACUCCACCUGAUCGGACUAAUUUUAAUGCUGCUGCUUCUUCUUCUUCUUCUUCUUUUAUCAAUCUUAGUAUUCCUACUUUCUUGCCUUGACUUGAACAAACAAAAAUAGGCAUUUUUAUUUUAUUUUUUGAAGCAUCUACUGGUCUAAAAAAAAAAAAUUGGCUUAAUUUGCUCAGUUGUUGCUUUACUGUGUUGUAUAUGUAGUAUAAAUAAUUCUACACCCAUGUUUUUUUGGAUUCAUGACAGGAUCUCUACUCUAAUUAAAUCUGUAAUAAAUAAUAUGGUAUUUAUUUAAUUAUGUUGAACUUGAA